UUUACAGAACAAAAAAGGAAUGCAAUAAACAUAUAUUUAAUAUCGCCAUUGUACAACUCAUCACGCAACGACCCAAUUAUUUUCACUUGGUUUGUACAAUGUUGGCACGACAAAGCAACUUUUUAUAAUGAAUAAUUUACUUUAAAAUAUGCUUUGUUAGUCAUUGUAAAAUUGUGCGACAACAACCCGCGAAGGUUACAAUAACUUACCAAACAAUACAUUUAUUUACUAUGACAAAAACCUCAGUCUACCAAAUUCGACUUUCAUGUGACAAUAAAUAUAUAUAUACAUAUACAUAGUACACCAAUAAACGUUUAAUAUGCUAUACCGCAGUGGAUUUAAUGCGUGCCGACUGCCGGUGUUCAUGGAAACAAACAUUCUUGCGAUUACAUUAGGUGCCGUAAAAUGAUAUAAUGUUAUUAUCAUCUAAUGACACACAACCACACGCGCGUAUGUGUGGUUGCGGUCGUAGUUUCGUUACGGAGCCGUUUAAAGACAAUUCAUUAAUUCGACAAUACCUACUCGAGUAUCACGGGAUUGGUACACCUGCAUGGAAGAGUCAUAUACGUCUGCUAAUGGUUGUCAGGACUUGCACAAGAAGCAUACGGUGGCCAGUGAACACCGUUCAGUGCGAUGGAAACCCGAGGUAGUCACAGUGGCAGAUAGUUUAGACAUGGCCCUGAUGGCCGUUUACAGUCACUCGGGUCUAACGUUUCCACAGACCAACGAGGUUUACAUGCAGGAGAAAACGUUCACGAUGUGCUUGAAGAAGCAAUUGUACAACUAUGGGUCCAACCGGAAGACGGAAAAGAUGUUCAGAAACCAUCCGCUCAAGCAAGGGGGACUGAUCGGGGUUCGAAAAGACGCCAACAGCAUAAAGCUUGGUUUGGCCGGAAGUCACAUAUCGCAGACCAAUCACGGUUAUUCCAGAAAAGAAGACGGCACGUUUUACAACUAUUGACGACUACAGAGCACUUAUGUGUAAUGUUCAUUUCCUAUUG